AUGACUAAUCUCGACGUCAACUGCUUUGCCAGCGGCGGUUGCACGUGCUACUCCAUCUGGAUCGGCCUCGCCGUCAUCGUCGUGCUGUGCGUCGCGUCGUGGUUCUUUUCGCCAAAGGGUGAGAAUCAAGUCCUCUGGCGAUCCUCCCUCAUGCUCGCCAUCAUCAGCUGCUACCUCAUGUGGCUCAUCACCUUUCUUGCUCAACUACACCCGCUCAUUGCGCCACGCCGAAGCGACCUCCGGGAGCAGUACCUUGAAUAG